UUUUGAAACAUUUAAAUUUUGGCCCAUGAAACUUGAAGAGUGGCUUCUAUAAUAUAUGCAUCAUAUGAAAAGAAGCAAAAGGUGAAAAAUGAUAAUUUGCAUGUAAUCUGCACCCUCCUCCAUGUUAAUCUACUCUUUUUUUCUUAUACCCUUUAUUUCAGAUAAGCUGGAUGAUGACUAUUUAUUCAACUGGUACAGGUCCCUGUACAAUCUGUUCUAUCACCAAGGGUUCCGUCUCUACCACACCUCUGCCUCCAGUCCUCUUUGUUUACAAGUCACCGUCAUGGAGUCCUGUGUUUACUGGUUGUCAUGGAUACAGAACCCCGGGGAGCAGGUGUUUGUGAUGCACCCGCCUGCUGAUGCAGGUGCACUUGAACUAGAAGAAGCUCGAGUAUUAGACCAUAUCAACACCUUGCAGGAGGAAUGCCAUGCUUUCCUGGAAGCCCCCAAUCUGGUAUCCACUGUCCUCCCUCACAGCACCUCUGUCACUGGAGUAUGCUCCCUGGAGCAGCACAGGAGACAGGUGCUCAUAUUUAGCAAAAACAGGGAACUCCCAGUUAGACAAGUUUUCCGUGAGGCUGACUGUGAUGUCUACCAGUUUAUUCCAGUCAUUCAGUAUGGAAACCUUAUAUUCAAACAAGAAUCUGGUCACAGAAGACUUAAUGAGUUGACCAUGGAUGACCUGAAAUUGUUUGUCAAGCGCUUAAGGACAGUAGAUGUUAUAGAUAUUCACUACACAACCAUGGAAUGGGAGAUUUUGUCAGGCUUUUUGAAUAAUGGAAUAUUAAAGUUUGCCCAUCAGUUGAUAUUCCAAGCCAAUAUGAUCGACAGAGUGUACGGCAGACAUCCAGCAUCAUUACGAAAAAUGUAUAGUGAACUCCGCCGCCUUGAAGUCCAAGGAUUCCUUUUGUUCCACUCUAUCCCAUGCCACAUGAGUGAGUUCCUGUAUUAUCAGGCAAACAAAGGGAAAAUUAAUGCUUUAGAAGCCUUGUAUCAAGGAGUGACGCUGUUCAGCCAAGUGGAGAUUUCAUUGUUGUAUGAUAUUGUGAUGUAA